CUAGAUUGAAAGGAUAAGUUCUAAGGGAUAAUGCCCUAUCAGUUGGCUCCUAAGUCUGCUAUGCAUUGGCUGUCAAUUGCUGUUUCUUGUGUACAGUUUGCACAAUCAUUGUGAAAAACGUUUGCCCUAUGGAAUUAAUUUAUAACGAUCUGUUACUCUGCUGUCAUUAUAUUAUUGAGAAACAGGAAAUGAGGAGAGGACGACGCGGGCGAGUAACUUAAAUCAAUUACAAGAUGCCAUGUAAAAGAAGCUCGUGUAUGAAACUAUGUCGAAUAUGGCAAGAAUUUUUAUUUUGAUCUGGUUUCACAGGUAAUUUUCUUGGAUGUAAUGUCUCUAAACUAACUGUUGGUCUACAUGUUUCAUAUCAAUACCUGUCUGUCUAGUCAUUAAUCAAGACAAAGCAUUAAAAAAUGGAGGAAAGAACUAAGGAUUCUCUCUUCCCAUUCCUUGUCAUCAACGUAGUGUUCCAAUGGACGUGCUUCUAGGUUUUAAAUAGCAGCAAUCAACUAGUCUAAAAUAACAGAACAGAACAAGCUUUAGACUUGAGAAGACUCUGCCCCGAGAUAAAAACGAGAUGGAAAUUGAGAUCAUGUCCAGAGAGAAUAUCAAACCAUCUUCUCCUACUCCAUCUCACUUGAAGACCUACAAGCUUUCCCUUCUGGACCAGCUUAUGCCCUCUGCACAUGUUCCUAUUAUCUUUUUCUAUGGGCCAAUCAAUCAAACUGACAUGUCAAUAAGAUUGCCAAAGCUGAAACAAUCUCUGUCAGAAGCCUUAACUUCCUUCUACCCAUUUGCCGGAAAGGUCAAGGAUGAUCUUUACAUAGAUUGCAACGACGAGGGCGUGUCCUAUACUCAGGCCAAAGUCAGUUGUUGUCUUUCAGACAUUCUUGGAAAACCUGACAGCGAAACGAUAUUUAAGUUACUUCCAGGCGAUUCCUACUUUAUGGAGUCGUCAGGAAAUGGAAUUCCUGUGGCAAUGAUUCAGGUUAAUGUUUUCAAGUGCGGUGGUGUUGCUAUUGGGACUAAAACUUCACACAAGAUCAUUGAUGGUCCUACAUCAACUGCAUUUCUCAAAGCAUGGGCAGCCAUUGCUCGCGGAUCAGGCGAAACAGUUGAACCUUGUUUCAUUGCACCGUCGCUAUUCCCACAAAAUGAUUGUCUACCUAAAGAUACAAUGUUAGCUAUAUGGCCAUCAUUGAUAAAGUUCGGCAAGGGUAUAACUAAGAGAUUUGUGUUUGAUGCUUCAUCUGUAGCCAUCCUCAAGGCCAGAGCAGCUAGCUCAUUACUUGUGCACCGCCCAACUCGAGUAGAAGCUGUGUCAGCCUUUAUAUGGCAGUGCAAUAUGCUUGUUUCUAAAGCAAAACAUGGUUGCCAGAGGCCGUCCUUUCUAUCACUCAUUGUGAACUUGAGGGGAAAAAAGGGAACCCAAUUGCCUAGUAAUUCAGUUGGGAAUCUUCUUUGGAUGACAAUUGCACAAUGCAGUGCAGAGACAGAAAGAGAGUUGCAUCCUUUGGUAGGUCUGCUAAGGGAAUCUAUAUCGAAAAUUGAUGGUGAUUUUGUCCAAAAAUUGAGUGGUGAGGAAGGGUUUUCCAAGGUUUGUGAAUGUUUACAGGAAUUUGGUGAAGUUUAUUCAAAUGCAGGAGCUGAUUAUUUGACAUUUACAAGCUUAUGCAAUGUUGGCAUCUAUGAAACUGAUUUUGGAUGGGGAAGGCCUAUUUGGGUGACCCCCGGUGGAAUAACUGGACCAGUGUUUCAAAAUCUUGUAUUUUUGAACGAAACAAGUGUUGGUGAUGGAAUUGAAGCAUGGUUGACCUUGGAUGAACAAGAUAUGAUCAUUUUGGAACGUGACACAGAGAUCCUUUCAUUUUCUGCUUUGGACCCAAGUCCCCUUUCUUGAAGUUGCAUUUGAUCAACACAGUUACAAAAUAUAGCAGUUUCUCGUUUCUUUCUC